CUCCGGGAUCCUGUGGCGGAAAGGCAAGAGAUGCGACUCCCUGCUGGAGGCCGUAGAGGACGCUGACAGAACCUGGACAGCGGGGUGACCAUAUGGCCAGGAUCAGUUUUUCCUGUCUGUGUCCAGCAUCUUGGCACUUCACUCUGCCUUCAGUGAGUCUUUGUCUCCGUCAGCGUUUGGUCCUGGUACUCCUGUUAUUUACAGUCUUUCUUCUACUGAUUGUGGCAAUUAAAAAUCUGUGGCACUGGAAAACUGAUUCUCGGGAUAGGCAGUUUGAAAGGUAUUUAGCACGUUAUCGCGCCUUGGAGGCAACAGACACAAAGGAUCCAGCUCUGAGUUAUGGGGUGGUUGUUGACUGCGGGAGCAGUGGGUCCCGGGUCUUUGUGUAUUACUGGCCACCACACAAUGGGAAUCCACAUCACUUACUUGACAUCCGACAAAUGCGAGAUCACAGCAGUGAACCUGUGGUCAAGAAGAUCAAACCAGGAAUCUCUACACUGGCAAAAACUCCAGAGAAGGCUAAUGAAUAUAUGAAGCCACUGCUCACCUUUGCUGCUGCCUAUGUACCCAAAGCCAAGCACAAAGAGACACCACUCUACAUUAUGUGUACAGCAGGCAUGAGGCUGUUGCCUGACAAGCAGCAGGAGGCCAUCCUGAAGGACUUGGUGAGGGACAUACCCUUGGAAUACGACUUCCUCUUCUCGGAAUCUCAGGCAGAAGUGAUUUCAGGGAAACAAGAAGGUGUCUAUGCUUGGAUAGGCAUCAACUUCGUCCUGGGUAGAUUUGAUCAUGCGGAAGAGGAAGAUGCACUGAUUUCCGUGACCCUGUCAGGUCAAGAAGAGCCCAUGGUCCGAAAAAGAACAGUUGGAAUCCUCGACAUGGGAGGUGCUUCCCUGCAAAUAGCCUAUGAGGUGCCAAGUUCAAUCUCCUUUUCUUCCCCACAGCAGGAGGAAGUUGCCAAAAGUUUGCUUGCGGACUUCAACUUGGGGUGUGAUGUGCAACACACAAAACAUGUGUAUCGAGUCUAUGUCAAUACUUUCUUGGGCUUUGGAGGCAACUUUGCUCGGCAACGAUAUGAAGAACUGGUGCUGAAUCAGACCAUCGCUCACAACAGAUUGCACGGUGUACAAAUAGGUAUGAAUCCUGAAGUGCCAGUCUUAGACCCAUGCCUGCCAAUGGGACUAGAGGAGGUUGUGGAUAAAGGUAGGCAGGCAAUGCAUGUCAGGGGUCAAGGUGAUUGGAGAAGCUGUGCAGAACAAUUGCGCCCCCUGUUGGCUGGAGACAACAGCAGUGGAAGUUCUUUGAGCAAUUCCUAUCAGGCAUCUAUUAAUUUUGCAAACAGUGAAUUUUUCGGGUUCUCAGAAUUCUACUACUGCACUGAUGAUGUGCUGCGUCUAGGAGGACCUUAUCAAAGCAGUACAUUCACACGUGCUGCCCAAGAUUAUUGUAGCCUGAGCUGGUCAGUAUUGCUACAGAGAUUCCAUGACAAGCUUUACUCACCACAUGCGGACCUCCACCGUGUUAAGUACCAAUGCUUCAAGUCAGCUUGGAUGCACCAGGUUCUGCAUGAAGGAUUCCAUUUCCCCAAAGAUUACCCUAGCUUGCACACAGUGCAGUUGUUAUAUGACAGAGAAGUGCAAUGGACAUUGGGAGCCAUUCUUUAUAAAACCCGCUUUUUACCUCUCAGGGACAUCCAACGGGAGAGCUUCCAUCAGUCACACAGCUCUUGGCUCCAUCUUUCCUUUGUCUACAAUCAUUAUCUGUUUUUUGGGUGUAUUCUUGUGGUGACGCUUGCAAUUGGGCUUUACCUCCUCCGUCUGCGCCGUAUCCACCAUCAGCCAUUGCAGUCAGCACCCCUUGAGCUGCUAUGGCUAGAAGAAGUUGUACCACUGCCAGCCCUGGAAGAAGGCUCCUGACAAAAGAAUGCUAUCCAGACUAUCGCAGUGACUGUCCAGUGUUUCCUUAUUGGCACUGGUUUUUAACAGGCCAAAAGCUGUGAUUCCCUUUUUUCCCCAGUCCAAAAUACUGUAGCACUCCUUCUUAGCCUCAGAGUGGCUGCUCAAUAUUAUUUUAUCCCAAGGGCCUUGGCUGCCAGGGGACCUCAGAUUGUGUCUGAAGUUCCUAACUGGGAUAGGACAGUCAUGUUGCAGGUGUUACAGGGCAAGGACCAAAAGUUCGCUUCCAUCCCUAUUGGAAUUGGAAACAGUAUCAGUGCAAAUAACCAAAGAAAACUUAUCUGCUCAGGAAAAGGUGGGUGGGAGAACUUGCCACAAGAUAUUUGCAGGACCAAGCAGUUUUUCUGAGGGAUCUUCUGCAAAGGAAAGUGAAGAGCUCAUACUGGUGCUGCUUGCCCUCUGUUUUGAAUAGAGGCUUCUUGUACCAGUGACAAUGUUUUAAAAUGUAGGAUCCAUUGGACAAAAAAACACUUCUAAAACCAGAAGAAAAAAGAAACUAUAAUUGGCUGCUACAUUCUGCCUUCUUUUUCCACCUGUGAUUUUCGAGGAUUGAAUUUUGCACAUUCGGUAGAAAGCAUGGAGAUUCUGUCAGUUUCCCUAUUACAUACAUGAUGAAGGAUGGCUCAUUGGGGAUGCUCCUUUCUUGGGCAUUUCAUCUAUUCCUAGUACAGGUAAUCCCCCAAGUAUGGCCGUGCAUUUAGUGAAUUUUCACAAGAACAAAUUUAUUCAGAAAAGGCACUUACAUUAGAAAUUCAAAACUGUGAUCAAAAAGAGACCUCUGUAGCCAUGUGACUUGGAUUCAGUCACUGCUGCAGCGGUGGCCAUUUUAAAUUCUGUGACUUCCCUUUGCCAUUCAGGGUUACAACAUGCAAUUUCCUGAAGAUGGCACAGUCCCACCCCUUGUCGCCGCCCUGCCCCCAUUACAUGGAAAACAAGAUCCAGUGAUUUUGCAGCUAGUGCUCAGUUUUUGGGUUUUUUUGGUUUUAAUGCUACCCAGAGAGGCUUGUACUGAUCAGCAGCAGUGUUUUUUUUUUUAAAGAGGUUUUAAAUUGUCUCCAGAAGUUGUGGAUUCCCCAUCACUGGACGCUUUUAAGAAGAGACUGGAUAGGCAUUUAUCAGUAAUACUGUAGUAUAGGUGUCUUGCGAUAGCAAUGGGUUAGAAUAGAUAACCUCAAGGUCCCUUCCAAAUCUUGUUACUUGUUGCAAGCUGAGAGCUCUAUAAAUCCCUCCCACAUCUCACUCUGGGUGCCAACCUGGAGACACUUGAGUUAAUUAGUGGCACACACACACACACACACACAGUGUCUAGCUCCCUAGAGAGGCUUGAAUUGACUAGCACUUUGUUUUUUGUAGUCCUUGCUUGCCUGGAUAGGCUUGAGCUUAGCAGGGGGAAGUGAGUUCUGUAAAUCCCUCCCCCCAGCUGCCUGGAGAUGCUUGAACUGAUUAGCAAAUGAUUUUUUUAAAAAAGCAAUUGCAAGCUAAGAGCAGAGGGAGCCUGCUUGGAGGCAAUUUAGUUCCUGGACUGAAGGCUGCACCCGGAAACAAUUGAUGGGUAGCUGGGAGCAGUGGAGAAAGCCUCUCAGCUCAGUUAACAAUGACAAUGAUCAAUUAACGAAUCAGAGGAAGUAGUCAGAUUUCAUUCAUUUAACAACCCAUUUGAUUCAACUGACAAAUUUGAUUUUAAAAAUUCAUAAAAUUGAAUCUGAUUCAUUUGAAGAAAUUUUGUUUGACUUAUGACUCUAAUGGGCAGGCUCCAUUAGGGUCAUACCUUGAGGACUACUUGUUUUGCAGAAAACUAUCUUGAAAUACAGACCAUUCUGGAUAACUGAACUUCUUUCAACAGUGACUCUAAAUCAACGGUGGGCUACAUUUCAUAAUGUAUUUGUUUGAAUACUUGAAAUCCAGUGAACUGUAGCAAUAAAUUACACUGAG